AUGGAAUUCGAAUCGCACGAUUUCAAAGAGAAACGGCGUCGUGUUUCUUAUAACACUAUAGACGAGCAUAGUAAAUUGGACCCACAAGAUAAGAGUUACUGGUCUCCUUCACCACCUUCUUCCACCGAUGAAAGUAUGGGUUUUAAUAAUGAUUCAACUGAUUCUGAAACAGAUUCUGACAGUGAAAGUGACAUGAAAUAUCAAGCAAAUCAUAAUGAGAAUCACCACUCAGAGAAUGAAAUAGAAUCGUGUAGUUCAAGCACGAUAACAGAUGAUUCAUAUAGUACAGUGACCGGCGAAAAUAAUUCACGCGUGUUUGAAGAUUGGCAAGCUUGGGUGCCAGAACUGUCAUCAAGUGAGGAUGACAAUCCUACGUCUAAUACGUUAAAAAGACAAAGGGUUGGAAAUAAUUUAAACACUUGUUUUAUUUGCGGUGGUCCCGAUUUAUAUUAUAAUUUUAUCUGUAUAUGUGUUGGUUGUAAUGUUGGUUAUCAUCAAACGUGUCAUGAACCACAGAUUAGUGACAGUAUCGCAAAUAAACGAUCUGGUAAUAGUGAAAAGUGGUUUUGCGCGAAUUGUCAGAAAAAAGCCAAUAAAGAACCAUUGAUUUUACAUGUGAAUGGUUCGAUCAAGAAUGUAAAGGUUGACACCAGAUCAACUCUCAAUGACAAAGUCAUAGAUAAUAAUAAUAAUACUUUAGGAUCCGUUAACCAACAGGCUUUGGAUCGCGGUGAAGGAAAAAAGAAGAAUAUUGAUGAUUCAAGGAAACAAGAUUGUUAUCAAGAAAAAUCUAACAAAUGUUUGUUGACCAUUAAAAAAGAUCACAGAGGAUCAUCGGAUAGGAAUCAUUUUUCAUCGCGAUCUCAAGCAACUUCUGAUCAAAUUCAUAAAUCUAAAAUCUCUCAUAAAAAACGUAGAGGUUUAUUACCAGUUAUAAUUCAACCAUUUGAAAGGAGACAUUCUACAGCAUCCGAACUUCGAAGAUUAUUUGAUAAUUGUCCGUUAUCAAUAGUGAACUUUGAUGAUAUUUUUAUGCCUGACGAAUGGGGUAAUUUUGUAGAAAUUCCAUCAACUAGCGUAGAAUAUAUCAUGCCUAGCGCAAGCUCAAUUUCACCCGGUACGAGUACCAUCUCUUUAAAGCAAAAUAAUUAUUUGAGCUCUACUACUACAUCAUUGGACUAUGGUUUGUCUGGCAAGAUUUCAACUUUGGCUGGCAAGAAUGUGGUUUCAAUUAGAAAACAUGCUAGUUUAUCACCUAAUAAAAAUUCCGUUACUCCUGCUCUAAAACAUGCUCACUCACCAUUAAAGAACGCGCCUUCACCUACGAAUAAACGUCCUGUUACUUCAAGUAACAACCAUCCUGGUUCACAAAAUAAAAGUAUUGCUCCAAUUAAAGGAACCAAUUCACGAUCACGGAGAGCAAUGGUUUUAAGGGAAAGUUGUUCGACGCCAGGAAAGAGCACAGUGAAGAAUGGAAGAGGUGACUUAACGAGUGAUGAUGAAUACUCCCCUUCCAAAAAAGUUGUUACACCAAGUAAACCGGUUGGAUUAGUAGAUAACGUCGACGCUGACUUUAAUAUCAUGUCGUUAAUGCCACCAAAUCUAAUCCCUUGUUUGAAUUUCGGAGAACUAGCUUUUCGGGAAGGUACCAUAGAUCGCAAGAAAACUAUCAAACGCGGGCGAGUGUUUCCUGUAAUUAAGUAA